AUGUCUCAAGAAUUUUUUUUCAAAGCUAAUCGGCAUUCAAUGCAAUUAAAUCCUAUGGAAUAAUCUCAAAAGCUAAAUGAAGAUUUGAACUAAAGUCUUAAUAUCUCAUUAAUGUUGAGAAGAAGCAUUAAUAAUCAUAGCUAGCUAAGUGGGGUUCCGAGUGUCAAUACAUUUAAGGAUGAUAUUUAAUCUCCAAGAAGUAUGCUCAAUCAAACGUAACAAUAAUCACAAUUUUCUCAUCAGCCAUAAAUCUUCCAAGGACCGGUAAUAUCUUAAGAUGUUUUGAUGGCUAGUUAAAAAAUAAUAAGGGAUUUAGAAGAAAUCGACCAUAUCUAUCUUGACUCUGAAAUAAAAGCAGCAUCAAAUAAAAAGAAAGGCAUCUUUGAUAAAUUACUUAACAAGCUGAAAAAAGACAAAUUAACAGCAACAAGUAUGACUCCGAAUCUACGGUAAGAUUCAAAUUUGUCAAAAUGCUCACAAAAAGGCUAUGUGGCCUAUUCCAAGCGCAAUCUGACGAAGAAAAACUCAUCAUCUAAUUCCCCACAGUCCUUAUUUAGUUUGCCACAGAUUGACAGUAUUGUUCUAAGAUAAAGCUACUAGCAUGGAUUUUAUGAUCCAAAUUAAUAAGAUAAGUCUCAAAUCAGAUAUCGAAAAGCUAAUAUGCCCUUUCGGAGAGACUCUAAUUUUGAGAUUUAAAAGCAUUAAGAAGACAAGCCAUAUGUGUAGAAUUAAAAACGCCUAUUCUACUUGUAGAAGAAUAUCAGUGCUUCAACAGACUAUAGCAGUGUAUUUUCCAAAGAUUAGUUGUAUUGA